AUGAAGAAGGAGUUUGAAAUGACAGAUCUUGGAUUGGUGAAAUAUUUUUUGGGUUUGGAGGUGUUUCAAAAUGAGAAUUUUGUGCAUGUAUCUCAGAAGAAAUAUGCCAGAGAUUUGUUGAAGCAAUUUAAUAUGCUAGGAUGUAGAGCAGUGGGUGUUCCUAUGCAUCAAUGUACAAAGUUGCAGUUAAAUGAUGAAGCUGAGAGUACUAAUGCAACUUGUUACAGAAGCCUAGUUGGUAAACUAUUGUAUUUAACACACACUAGGCCUGAUCUUGUAUUUGCUGUGAAUUUGUUAUCAAGACAUAUGACUCAUCCCACCAAAAUUCAUUUGGCAGCAGCAAAGCAAGUACUAAGGUAUGUUUCAGGUACUUAUGAUUUUGGAAUUCAAUACAAUAGAAAUGUCCCAUGUGUGCUUGAAGGAUAUUCUGAUAGUGAUUGGAGUGGAGAUAAUGAAGACAGGAAAAGCACAACUGGUGUUCAAAUAUCAGUUAAGUUUGUUAGGAGAUGGCUGGAAGAGGAAUCAGAGUUGUAUACAAACUGGUAUCUCUAUUUUAGUGAAGCAGUUCAAACAAAGAAGUUGUUUUUUGUGUUUGGUUUGUAUAAGAAAGUUGUUCCUCUGGGUCUUAACUCUCUGUGUGUUAGGGCAACUAGUUAUGCAAAAGCUUUUCAGAUCACUGAAGUGAUUGAUUAUUGGCUUCCUGUUACCAGAUCUUCAUAA